GGGGCUGCUGCAGGGGGACCCGGUCCCCGGGGCGGCGGCUGCCAUGAACUUCUCCGAGGUCUUCAAGCUGUCCGGCCUGCUCAGCAAGUUCUCCCCGGACGGGAAGUACCUGGCUUCGUGUGUCCAGUACCGUCUGGCGGUCCGAGAGGUGAGCACCCUCCAGAUCCUGCAGCUGUACACAUGCCUGGACCAGAUCCAGCACAUAGAGUGGUCGGCGGAUUCCCUCUUUAUCCUGUGCGCCAUGUACAAGCGGGGCCUGGUGCAGGUGUGGUCCCUGGAACAGCCAGAUUGGCACUGCAAGAUAGACGAGGGCUCAGCAGGACUGGUGGCUUCGUGCUGGAGCCCGGACGGUCGCCACAUUCUGAACACCACCGAGUUCCACCUUCGGAUAACUGUCUGGUCCUUGUGCACAAAAUCCGUGUCUUAUAUCAAGUAUCCUAAAGCUUGUCAGCAGGGAAUCACCUUCACCAGGGAUGGUCGCUACAUGGCGCUGGCCGAGAGGCGGGACUGCAAGGACUACAUCAGUGUCUUCGUUUGCAGCGACUGGCAGCUCCUGAGGCACUUUGAGGCUGACACCCAGGACCUCGUCGGGAUCGAGUGGGCGCCCAACGGCUGUGUGCUGGCCGUGUGGGACACCUGCCUGGAGUAUAAGAUCCUGCUCUACUCCCUGGACGGCCGCUUGCUGGCGAGCUACUGUGCGUACGAGUGGUCCCUGGGCGUCAAGUCUGUGGCCUGGAGCCCCAGCAGCCAGUUCCUGGCCGUCGGAAGCUACGACGGAAAGGUGCGCAUUCUGAACCACGUGACCUGGAAGAUGAUCACAGAGCUUGCGCAUCCUACGACCAUCAACAACCCAAAGAUCAUUGUCUAUAAGGAGGCAGAGAAGAAUCCGAAGCUAGGGCUGGGGGCCCUUCCUUUCGCGGCCCCGAGAGCAGCGGCCAGGUCUCUCUCCACCACAGAGACCAAAUACGAGGUCGCUUCCAUGCCGGUCUCUCUGCAGACCCUGAAGCCAGUCACCGACAGGGCGAACCCCAGGAUCGGCGUGGGCACCAUGGCCUUCAGCCCCGACAACUACUUCCUGGCCACGAGGAAUGACAACAUCCCAAAUGCUGUGUGGAUCUGGGACGUCCAAAAGCUACGGCUGUUCGUGGUGCUGGAGCAGCUGGCCCCUGUGCGCACCUUCCAGUGGGACCCCCAGCAGACCCGUCUGGCCAUCGGUACAGGAGGGGGCCAUGUCUACCUGUGGUCCCCGGCAGGUUGCAUGUCAGUGCAGGUGCCUGUGGAAGGUGAGUUGGCUCAGACUGGGCAGCUUUGGGCUCACUGGGCUUGCCUGAUAUUAGGUCCCCACUGGCCACCUACUGACCCCCAGGCAAGGGCUGCCCAGGGCCCUCAGUGGCUGUCUGAUCCUGUGUCUCUGCAGGUGAUUUCCACGUGCUCGCCCUGUGCUGGCAUCUGAGCGGGGAUCCCCUGGCCCUUCUCAGCAAGGACCACUUCUGUUUGUGUUUCCUGGAGACGCAGGAGGGGCCUGCAUAACCUGAAGGCCCGGUGGCAUCUCAGGACAGGACCCUGGCUUCCAACCUUGAUAGACCACGUUAAAUUAUUUUUCUAUAGGGAGGCAUUUUGUAAAUAUGUAUGGAAUGAAAUGGAUUUUUAUUACUUGAAAUAAAUAUUUGUAGCUC